GAGAAAAAUGGCGGAUGUCGAAUCCCUGUUCGAAUUCGUCCACAUGGAAAUUGUGGCAUACUUUCUUAAUAAACCAGGGAAAAAUGUCGAUAAUGAUGUCAUACAAAAUCUUGAACGCCUUGGUUUUGGAGUUGGGCAAAGACUAGUGGAAAGAUUCACUAAAGAUUCACCUCGCUUUAAGGAUGAACUUGAGAUCAUGAAGUACAUUUGUAAAGACUUCUGGACGGCUGUUUAUAAGAAGCAAAUUGACAAUUUAAGAACAAACCAUCAGGGAACAUAUGUGCUUCAAGACAACAGUUUUCAGCUGUUGACUCAGAUGUCAGAUGGAAAGCAGUACACAGAGGAUGCACCCAAGUUCCUAGCCUUUCCAUGUGGCCUUAUAAGAGGAGCUCUUUCAAACCUUGGUCUUUCAUGUUCAGUUACAGCUGAUGUGUUAUCCAUGCCUAAAUGUAAGUUUCAAAUUGUCAUUCCAAAAUCAUAGCAGCAUUUUUAAAGAACCUCACCUUUGAAUGAAAGAAGAGAUGUUCCAAAGAUUGAUGAUAAACUAGCACUGUAUGCAAGAACAUGAAAUGUUGACAAAUUAUAGAGCUGUAACAGUUGUAAAAAGGGAAGCCAAGUUUGAAGUUUUCUGAAACUUUGUGAAUUACAAAUUGUAUAUAAAUUACUGGUAAUUUUUAGAAAGGUGAUGUAAACGUAUAAAAAUGACAUUCUCUCAGUCUUGUAUCUACCUUCUGUUGUACCCUGAUGUCAUUUCAAAGGCUUUUUUUUCUUAGUGUUUGUGUUGUUGAAUGAUAAAUAUUAUUAGGGGGAUAAAUCAAUGUAUUGUCGGCUGCCAAUACCAUAUUAUUUUUUUUAUAAAAAGUAGUGAUUGAUCUCAAAUACUCCUAAUUGUAAUGUGCUCAAACAAGUUGUUAAACUUUCAUUUCUCUGUACUAUGAAUGUGCCUAUCAUCUUGACAAGCUAGGAUCCAAUGUCAAGAUAUGUUUGCAGUUUAUGUUGACCAAGUUCAGAAGCAUAUAUUUUACAAAUAGUUGCCUCAAGAAUAGUGCAUUAAUUGUUAGAUCACUACAAUUUUUUUGUUUGCUGGCACUUUUUCUGCCUCAGAAAAAGUGACCAGUUGUCUUAAUAUGUGAGAAGGAUUUCUACAUAGGCAGACUGUGGAGAUAUGAAUGAACAUUUUCCUCCUAUUUGUCAGUAGGGAAAUCUUUAUUGUGGCCUCAAUCGAGAUAUGAGAGCAUCCUAAAAUGACUUUUCAGUAACGUGUUCCCUAUGCCAGACUUGAGUAGUCAAACAAUUUUUACAAUAUGCCAUGGAGGCUUUAACAAGCUUUGCCCCUCACCCUCUCUCUGGGACUUCCAGAUUGAGAGUUGUAGGGAGGGAAGGGUGGGGAGGGGUCUUGAGAUAAAACUUGAUCUUCUGGACAGGUGGCUAUUUAGAGAGGGAGGAAUAUAAGGGCAUUUUUGUGACAUAUACGUUGAAGAAGAACAAAAUGGUCUUAAGUAGUGUAUUUUUCCCGGCUAAUUACUUUUCCAUCAUUUUCUCAUUUUCUCUGGAUCCUCUUUCAUGAAGAAGACCUUUAAACGGGAGAUUAAAGGCACACAGUAUCAAAGAAACUAUUUUGAAUGUACCAUUAUCUGCAUUUUUUUUAAUCUGAGCUUUUUCAUCAACUUAACAUUGUGAACACUUCACUUUUCUCAAACGUGUACGUGAGUAAGUUCAGAAAAUGAAAACAGCUAUGCAAAGUUAUUAA